UGAAAAGAAAAGCCAGCGAUAGGCAUUUUGGAUAAAGAGCGCCAAAAAUCUCGGAAACUCCUCAAAAAAACAAGCUUCAAUGGCGUCAUCUCUCUUAUCCUCGGCUAUUUUCCCAAGAUCUCUGCUUCCAUUCCAUCCAUCUCUCCGCUCGAGAUCCACGCGCACGCCCCAAACACGGAGCAUCCGUCUCGACAUUCGCUGCAUUUCUGCCAGGAAUCCUUCAACGGAAUUUUUAGACCCAAAUGAUUCAUUGUUGAAUAAUGGAAUGAGGAGACUUGAGAGGGCCAUUGCUGUGAUCCUUAUUUUUGUUCAAAUCUCGUCUCCAUUGCCUUUUGCCAGUUGGAGUCCAUGGUCUAUUUCUCCUGCAAGAGCUGUGCUUUAUUCACCCGACACUAAAGUUCCAAGAACUGGGGAACUUGCUUUGAGAAAGGCGAUUCCAGCAAAUACAAACAUGAAAGCUAUACAGGAUUCUCUGGAGGACAUCUCAUACUUGCUUAGAAUUCCACAGAGAAAGCCUUAUGGCACAAUGGAAGGAAAUGUAAAGAAAGCCCUGAAGAUUGCAGUUGAUGAUAAGGAAUCCAUCUUGAGUAAUAUACCAACAAAUCUGAAGGAAAAAGGUUCUGUACUCUAUGCUUCUCUUGUAGAUGGGAAGGGAAGAUUGCAGUCCCUCAUUCAAUAUAUAAAGGAGCAGGACCCAGAUAAGGUAUCUGUGAGCCUUGCAUCUUCACUGGACACCGUUGCAGAAAUAGAGUUGUUACAGGCUCCAGGGUUGUCAUUUUUUUUGCCCGAGCAAUACUUGAAGUACCCAAGGCUUACUGGGAGAGGAACUGUUGAACUCACCAUCGAGAAAGGAGAUGGUUCAACAUUUUCUGCAUCAGCUGGGGGUGAACCAAGAAAACUUGCCACCAUUCAGGUUGUUAUUGAUGGAUAUUCAGCGCCAUUGACUGCAGGGAACUUUGCUAAAUUGGUGAUUGAUGGGGCAUAUGAUGGGAUGAAACUGAACUGUGUCAACCAAGCCAUUCUUUCAGAAAGUGGACCUCAAAACAAUGGUUUUAGUGUCCCUCUAGAAAUAAUGCCGGCUGGACAAUUUGAGCCAUUGUACAGGACAACACUAAAUGUGCAGGACGGGGAGUUGCCAGUGCUUCCAUUAUCUGUUUAUGGUGCUGUUGCUAUGGCACAUAGUGAAGUCUCUGAGGAGUAUUCGUCACCUUGCCAAUUUUUCUUUUAUCUCUACGACAAGAGAAGUGCGGGUCUAGGAGGAUUGUCUUUUGAUGAAGGCCAAUUUUCUGUUUUUGGAUAUACAACCGUCGGAAGAGAAAUACUUCCACAGAUCAAAACAGGAGAUUUCAUCCGAUCCGCAAAGCUAGUGCAAGGACAAGAUCGCCUUAUAUUACCAGAUGAGAAGUGACCUUCUAUCUCAUCGAUCACAAUCUUUCAUUCAUUCUUUCAGAUUUGUUGCUUUUGGUAAGGUACUGAUCUGAUUUCUUGGCACAGUUCAUGCUGUCAAUUUUUGUUUUCUUUUGAGUUUUUCCCCCCAUUUUCUGUUGUAAUGGUAAAACACAGACUCUUAGAACUAAAAUGACAGGAGAGAUGCUUGGAAUUGUUGCCUGAGUGCGGGAAAGCUUCCUCCUAAUUCUGUUGUGCUUAUGGAAAGCAUUAGGUGGGGGUAUGGAACCUUUUUGUAAAGUGAUGUUAUUAUCUAAAACACCAUCCAUCAUA